GCCGAGGCCCAGCAGCCAGCCGCGCCAGCGGCCGCCGCCUGGGCCCCGGCGCAGUUGCGGACGCCGCCCGCGGCGCUGCCCUCCGCCCCGAGCCUGGGCGCUUGGGACCCCCACGCGCGGCAGCACGUCCGCGGCCGCCUGUCGGCGCUGGAGGACGAGGUGCGCCAGCUCGCCAGCCAGCUCGGCAUCGGCUCCGCCGAGCAGACGCCGCCGCCGCAGCGGCCCCUCGGCAUCAGCCCCGAGCUGCCGCCGGCGUCGCCGCAGCGGCCCGCUCCCGGUAGCGCCGGCCUCAUGGGAGGCGCCGCCGCCGGCCAGGCCCUGUCGCUGCCGGCCCCGCGCCGCGUGGCCCCCCUGGGGAGCAGCCCGGCCGACGGCGCGGCGCUGCAAGCGCGGCGGCUGCAGCCAGAGCCUCUGGCGGGCGAGCGGGGCUUCGCCGGCGGUUGCUUGGCGGCGCCAGCCCCCGACCGCUGCCUCACGCCCACGGCACUCGGGCCCGCGGCGCCUCCGUGCGACCUGGGCGCCCGGCCGCUGCCUUCCAGGUGAGGCGGGCGGCGGGCGGCGGCGCGCCUCCGGCGCUCGGGGGUCGCCGCCAGGCACCCCCCCCCCGGGCAGUGCGUGCUGCGGCUACGCGCAGGAGCGGCCUUCCGCCAGAGCGGCGGCGGCGCCGCGGACGUCGGCCGGCGGGCGCCCAGGUCCAGGCCCUGCGUCGAGCAGCGGGGCUGCUAUGUUUUCCCCGUCCGCCUGCGGCGUGCACACUGCGGCAGUGCAGCGUAGUCUUCCGACCCAGAGGUUGCUGUGGCAGGGCGCGGCGGAUUCAGCCGAUCAAGUAGACGUUGUCAAUGUCUUUGUAAGUGUUCAACUGGCUCAGGUGAGUGUGCUCGCUGGCGAUCAAC